GGCGGCGGGAGCGGGAUGCGGAGGGACCUGUGCAUCCUUGCGGAGCGCGGCGGAGCCAAUCGCUGCUGCCAGGGGUGGAGCUGGAGCGACGGCCCGGACCCGCCCGGCGCCUUCCCCGCGCAGUCGGGCCGGGCUGCGGGAGGAGCCGGUGCGGGGAGCGGAGCCCGGCGCCCGCCGCCUUCCCGGGCAGCAUCGCCGGAGCGGAGCAGCGCGGCCGCCCCCGCCGCCUCAGCCCCGCCCGCCGCACCGAGGUACCCACCGGCCGGUCCGCGCCCCGCCGGGUCUGAUGAUGAAAUCCUCCGACAUCGACCAGGAAUUAUUCACGGAAAGUUACUGCAAAGUGUGCAGCGCCCAGCUCAUAUCGGAGUCCCAGCGCGUGGCCCAUUACGAGAGUCGGAAGCAUGCCAGCAAAGUUCGCCUCUAUUAUAUGCUUCAUCCCAUAGAUGGAGGCUGUCCAGCGAAAAAGCUCCGGUCAGAAAACAAACCACUCUGAGCUCCCUCAAGCAGCCGCACGCGGAUAGUCCCCCGGUGGUACCGUCACCGCACCAGUGGCGAGACUCGGACAGAUACUGCCAGCUCUGCGCAGCCUGGUUCAACAACCCCAUGAUGGCACAGCAGCACUACGACGGCAAAAAGCACAAGAAGAACGCGGCCAGGGCCGACCUCCUGGAGCAGCUGGGCAAGACCCUGGACCUGGGAGAGCUGCGAGGGCUGAAGCGCAGCUACACGUGCAACACCUGCAGCGUCACCCUGAACUCCAUAGAGCAGUACCACGCGCACCUGAAGGGCUCCAAACAUCAGACCAACCUGAAGAACCAGUAGUAGUUCCUCAGCCGAGACAGGGGGAACCACCCAGGCUUCUGCUGCGGGAGGAACUGCUCAGCGAGGAGAGGAUGCUUUCCUGGACAAUGAUCCUGUGUGGAUUCGAUAAUUAACGUGUAACUAACCUUCGCUUUGGACAAAUACAUGGAUUUUUUUUUUUUUUUUAAUUUUGUGGUGAGUUAAAAUAUUUCAAUGGAUUUUUUUACCCUUUCAAGAUAAUAUUUAUUCAGCACAGAGUCUAGAGUAUAACAACUAUCCUGUAAAUACAGCACUUAAUCAUCACUCAUCUUCAGAGACAGUGGAAACAAAAUAUUUUACUUUUGCAUAUUUAUUCUUAGAUUUCCUCCAAGAGUAUAAAAUUAUUCUAUUACAUUAUCCAUGAUAGCGAUGUAAUCAGUCUUCAACCAGAAAUAAACAUACUUUCUUCACCUUCUCCAGCAUGGUUUGUGUCGGCACACACAGAGCAGCAAAAAAUGAAUCACGGGGAUUGUAUAACGGAUGAAUUUUUUUC